GCGCCUGAUCGCCGCCGGGGCCCUGGGGGUGGUCAUGGUCCUGCUGCUGGUCAUCCUCAUCCCGGUGCUGGUGAGCUCGGCGGGCACGUCGGCGCACUACGAGAUGCUGGGCACCUGCCGCAUGGUCUGCGACCCCUACGGGGGCACCAAAGCUCCCAGCACGGCGGCGACCCCCGACCGGGGCCUCAUGCAGUCGCUGCCCACCUUCAUUCAGGGCCCCAAAGGCGAAGCCGGCCGGCCGGGCAAAGCCGGCCCCCGCGGACCUCCCGGAGAGCCCGGGCCGCCGGGCCCCGUGGGGCCGCCCGGAGAGAAGGGGGAGCCGGGCCGUCAGGGCCUGCCGGGUCCCCCCGGGGCUCCGGGGCUCAACGCGGCCGGGGCCAUCAGCGCCGCCACCUACAGCACGGUGCCCAAGAUCGCCUUCUACGCGGGCCUUAAGCGCCAGCACGAAGGCUACGAGGUUCUCAAGUUCGACGACGUAGUCACCAAUCUGGGCAACCACUACGACCCGACCACGGGCAAGUUUACCUGCUCCAUCCCAGGCAUCUACUUCUUCACCUACCACGUCCUGAUGCGCGGGGGGGAUGGCACCAGUAUGUGGGCUGAUCUCUGCAAAAACAACCAGGUCCGUGCUAGCGCGAUUGCUCAGGAUGCCGAUCAGAAUUACGACUAUGCCAGUAACAGUGUGGUUCUUCAUUUGGAGCCAGGAGAUGAAGUCUACAUAAAAUUAGAUGGAGGAAAAGCACAUGGAGGAAACAACAACAAAUACAGCACGUUUUCUGGAUUUAUUAUUUAUGCAGACUGAUAAUUCAGAAACUAAGCUUAUUUCUUCUGAAUCUGAGCACUGGAUCCAUAACGGCUCAUGCCUGUGAAUCAAGAAUCCCAGUGGAUACCAACAGUGGGGCACAUCAGUAGUGUGUGUGUUGGGGGGAGGGGGGAAAUCAAAUGCUACCUGACUCACAUCUGUACAACUCAGAAAAAAACCUUAUGUUAAAAAAAAAUUAAAAGCAAGAUACGCAGAUGUGUGAUCCACUACCGCCGCCAAAGCAAAUACUCCUUAAUGUUAGUGUCCAUGUGAAUGAAGUCCUAUAGAGAUCACAACUUUUUAUAGAAAAAUCUGCUACAUUGAAUUAUUUCUUCAAUAUAUAUGAUACUUUGGUGUAUUAUGAUAUUGCUGCUUUUAUCCAUAUGUCAGCUUUGGUUCUUGUGAGUUUACCUGCUAAUUAUGAAACCUGGAGGCCACUUAUAGCGUGGUGAGGGAUGAUUUUAUGCUAAAAGGAAAGAUUUGAGGAAAAUCAUACUGUUUCUUUCCAAAGAAAUUGUUUGCCUUGUAUUUUUGUUACUUUUACACCUAAACCUAGGAAUGAUUCAGCUUUAAGCCUUAACCUGGAAUGUUCUAGAUUUUGAGGGAAGUAAUUCUCAAGCCUUGUAUUAUUGCCACAUAAUUUUUUUAUUAAUUUGGUUUUCCCCUCCCUCUAAUGAUGAUUUUUAGAAACAGAUCUAGAAUGUGACAUUGAAUUGUCCUGUACGUGUGCUAAGAAAUUUGUGUAUCUACAGUGUUUAGAUAGCUUCAUAAUUGUUCAUCUUGUUAAUAUAAAUAUUGAGUCCAUAUAAAAAAAAUUGUACACUUCCUUCAAAAGGCAAAAGCAUUUCUUCUUCUUCAGUAUAAAUCCAGAUUGCUGUUCUCUUCCCCAUCCACACCCCCCAUACCCUGGGAUGGAACAAAAGAUUAUUGAUGCACAAAGGCUUAAUUUGAGCCACAGCAUGAUUUGCCAAGGGGAAAGUUUGUAAUGCCUUCUAACCCUUACUACAAGUUUGUAGCCUGAGGUUAUUUCAAAAUUAACAGAUAGAAAUAUUAUCAAUACAACAAGAUGUAUAUAUUUUAUAUACAAUAUAU